GAAAAACAAGAAGAACGUUUGCAACUAAACGUAGAAUUCAUCGGAUGAGAUCUUAUCGUGGUUGUUCUCUUUUACAGGAAAAGAAGACGAGUUCGGGGUCUUUAGGGGCCGGAGAAGUAGCGCGGCCUGCAAAGCAGGUUACUGUAACACAUCCAGGCACAACAAAACCAAAACCUACUGGCAUUGCUAGGAAAAGGGUUUCUACUCAAGCAGAUUUGGAUGUAUCAAAAGAAUUUAGUCGUUGUAAGGAAGAAGGAGCCACAAGAUUAGACCUCACAAAAUCUAGUAUUGUUGUUCUACCAUCUUCAGUAAAGGAGCUGACCCAUUUACAAGAAUUUUACCUCUAUAGUAACAAACUUCAAACACUGCCACCAGAGAUUGGGUGCUUAGUCAAUCUCGAAACACUAGCUCUCAAUGAAAAUUCUCUCACCAGUUUACCAGACUCGCUAGCUAAUCUCAAGCAGAUUAAGGUUCUUGAUCUUCGUCAUAAUAAAUUAAACGAAAUUCCUGACGUUGUGUACACUCUGACCUCUCUUACAAUAUUACACUUGAGGUUCAACAGGAUACGUGAAGUAGGAGAAGAUAUUGCCAACCUAGUUAACCUGUCAAUGCUCAGUUUGAGGGAGAACAAAAUUAGGGAACUUCCUGCAGGAAUUGGAAAGUUGACAGCUCUUGUAACAUUUGAUGCUUCCAACAACCAUCUGAAGCACCUACCAUCUG